AUGUCGUCGGUAGAGGAAUUGUACAAGGAAUACUCGGGCAGGAUUGUGCCCUAUUCCUUCCAUGCCGGCUUCGUUUGUCUUAGUUAUGCCGUGAGCCUGGUCGGUGCCGGUUCGACGCUGGAACUGAUGAGAAGGAGGACAUCGCACAAGGGUUUUCACAAUUUCUUUCUGCUGGCUGGCGCAGCCAUGUGCAUGGGUGGAAUCGCCAUCUGGUCCAUGCACUUCAUCGGAAACCGAGCUUUAUUCAUCUUUGACGGCCAAUCGGAUCUUCAGAUCGCCUACUCGACCGGCUUGACGGUAGCCUCCCUCUUUGUGCCCAUUCUCGUUCUUCUUCUCGCCUUCCUUGCUGUCACCAACAAUGAUCGUGUACAAUGGUGGAAGAUAUCUCUGGCUGGCUGCCUUUCCGGCGGAGCCAUCUGCGGUAUGCACUACCUGGGAAACGCCUCGAUCAGCAAUUACCAUUGUACCUACACAGCCGCCUACGUCGUAGGCGCAGCAAUCAUUGCAGUCAGCGCGAGUACUACAGCCCUUGCUGUCUUUUUCGUCUUUGAAAGUAGUUGGAAGUCGGCCUGGUGGAGGCGUGCUCUGUGCGCUGCUGUGCUCGCCGGCGCCGUGUCGGGCAUGCAUUGGUGUGCCGCCGUCGGCACGCAAUAUGUCUUGCUCGGCCCACGCGCCGGCUCUGGCAUGUCUCGAGACUCGACCAUCAUCAUUGUCAUCUGCCUGGCCAUCGCCGCCUUUGUGGUGACCGGUGCCUGUGCGAUAUACUCGGUGAUUAUCAAGAGGAGCUACGCGAGCAGAGCUCAGCAGGUUGUUCUCGCAGCGGCUGUCUUUGACAAGCGUGGCCGCAUUCUUGUCAAUAAGGAGGGUCUGCUUCCCACAGAAGUUGUGACCGACUCUUUGCUUCUCCGGUCCAAUGACGAAAUCUUCGACACGAACCACCCGCUUUUCCACUGGGCCUAUCGGGCAUCGAGAAACUGGGCCAGCAUCUCCAAUCUCAUCACUCGCAUGGUUGCGCAUGUUGGACAGUUGGCCCGCCAGCGCUACAGCAGCAGCGUAAAGCUUAUGCAAGAGGAUGGAAGCCCCAUUCCCCAAUAUGACGUUGUUUGCUGCGAGUUAUUCAGUAUCGCGGCUGCAUCUCUCGCCUCCAAAUUGAGAGUCAACCUGGCCGAUGUUGGUGUUUUAUGGGACGAGAUUUUUGCAACUGGCCGAACGCAAGGAUCGACCCCCCAACCCGUUGAAGAAAGAGCGCCGACACCCCCCGCUAGACACUCGUCCAAGAUGGCCGACUCGGAUUCUCUAGCGGAAAAGGCCGAGGUUACCCGUAUCGAGUACGGGCGCGGCUCACUCAUGGUUCUCGUCCAACACGUUCCAACCCGCCAUGUCGGCGAACAACUUGAAUCCAUCGGAUAUCGAUUCGCUGAACUUGACCAGGUCGUUGGAAUUAUGCGAGCAAGCAUGCAAAUCAAGACACCCGACUUGGGACUGCGUCUGCGACAAAUGGCCGCCCUCAAUGAAAGCGAAACUGCUCUUGCGCCCGGAGUUCACGUUGGCGCUUUUGCGAUCCGAGCUCGAGUAGACCACACUGGCUUCGAUGUGCUGGUACGCCGCCGCUCCCGAGAUAUGCUGCCGACGGUGCCACUCCCUAUGGAACAUCUCGAGCAGCGCCACAUCGGCUACUUAAACCAUUUGCAGAACCAGACCAUGACGGUCGUCACCGACAGGCUUGCGGCCGCAGUUUCUGAACAUACUGACAUUGGCACAUUUGCUUCAACGCUCCUCGAAGGCAUCACGGAGCUGCGUAGCACGUUUGAAGACGAUGGUACAUUCGACAAUGCUAUCUUGAUGCAGCAGCCGAUCAAAAUACCCUACCAUGGACGAGACAGAACAUCACUGUCUCUCAACGCUACGGUCAUUAUGUUUCAGCUGGUGCUUCCCAUCCACAACGUCAUCCACAUCCCGAAAUGCACAUUCAUUCCCCUGCGCUUCUUCAAAAUUAAGCAGCUAUCGCAGGAGAAUUCACCAUACCACCUGGACUUUUCGCAUGCCGUCCACCGCGACAUGUCUUCCAUUCUGCAGAGCAGCGGGAGCAACCCCAUUCGGGACGUACUCGAGAGAUUCAAGCAAAGGACCAGAGACGCACUGCCGACGUCUUCCGCCUCGCACCUACACAGAGACAAGUCUGCAGCCAGAGGCCGCCACGGAUCGCGCCCAACCGUGGAGCGUUCAACGAGCCAAGCAAGAUUGUCUCCUGGCAAGCUCGAGGACAACCUGUCUAUUAAUGCUGUGAGCGAGGGAUACAGUGAAUCCGAGGCAAACGGCUCGUCCAUUCACGAUGGGGCCGCCAAUACCUUGGACAUGGAAAUGGCGUCGCUGAGCACCAAUGGUCUGUCCUCGCCCACAAAGUCCUUUGGUGGCAUCAUGGUGUCGCAAGAGAUUGUGGUUGAGACGGCGGAGCUCCCCGGCGACGCUCCGCCAUACAGCCCUGGCAGGCGCAAAUCCGGCGUCGCCGUGACGAUUUCGCAUCAGCCAGACGCGUCCAACAUUUCCGAUGCGCAGAGCAUCGACGACGGUGCUACUAAUUUGCGGGUGGCCCGCUCUCGUGUUCCCCCUCCCGUCAGCCUCAGGCAGGAAGAUGUCUUUGCACAGACGCGACAUGCGGCGGGUGCUUUCCGUGCCGAACAAGAUGCAGAGAGACAAGGGGCCACGAUUUUCAAGCACUUGUUGUAG